UGAGUUCAAAGCGUGUCGCAACUCUCUUUUUUUCAACGGCGCUGACUACAACUAUAGGGCGAGAUCCUGAAUUCGACGUGCUUGAAGACCAAGCAAUAAAGUCAGCCGUGUGGAAGCGGGGUUUGGUCCGGCCCCGAGCUCAAGUAGGCAACGUUCUUGUUUCUUUACUUUUUUUGUUGUUGGUUUACUUUUCUACAAAAAUAAACCAAACCUCACGGAAAAAGUAGCCUGCAAAAAUUACGAAUAGGCGUUGAGCGAUUUAAAAGAGCAGUGGAAGCAGUUCCUGUUUUUUUUUUUUUUUUUUUUUUUUGAAACACACCUGGUUCAGGUAGUUUGAUGACAAACUCCCAAGGGCGUUGAAUCGACGCCACGGACAUUGUUAAGCCUUGACCAUGGUCUGAAGUAGGGAUCAAAAUCAACUCCUGUGUGCUCAUCUUGAUGUUUGGACUGUUUCUGAAACAUUCUUCUCUGAGACUGCGGUGUGCAGGGUGUGGUGUGGUGCCAUGUGUUUAAGUGGGCAGCCUUUGUGCUCAGGCAGGGGCCAUGUGCGACCUAACUCCUCUUCUAGUGAGGGCAGCAGCUCAAGCUCUCAGUAUGCAUUCUGUGCCCUGGGUGUGGGCCUGGUGGCGCUUGGAGUUGUCAUGAUUCUGUGGAGCAUGGUGCCACCGGAGGUGCGUUGGAAUAACACAGGUGUGCAACAUGAUGCUGUUCCCAAUGAUAGCAAGCAGAAGACCUCAGCUGUGGCUUUUGUGCUGGUUGGGGCUGGACUGGCCUUGCUGCUAUUGGCUGUGUGCCUCGGAGUGAGAAACAAGCACAGACGGAGCAGUGUGACAACAGCCACUGGUACUCAGUACACAGACCGUGUGCCUGAAGAAGCAGGAGAGACCUUGGCUCCUACCCCAAACUAUGAUGUGCCUAGCUAUGAUGAAGCUGUGACUAGUGGGCGUUAUCCUAUCCGCCAGAGCAACCUGCAACACAGUACCUCACAGCUACCUUCUUAUGAUGACCUGGUUGCUGCAGUGGAGAAUGAAGGAGAAGGACCAGGUUCUGCGAGCGGUCAAAAUGCUUCUUCUCCUGUUCCUCGCGUUAGUGCCGCAGCAGAUGAAACCAGUGCAAAGCCGGCUCGCAGCAGCAGCCGAGCUAGCAACAUCUUCAGACCCCUCCGUGUGCGCAGGAUUAAAUCAGAAAAGCUCCAUGUCAAAGAUAUCCGGAUGAACAUUCAGAGCCCACCACAGGGAGGACGAGUGACCAUUGAGCCCCUGACACCUCCACCACAGUACGUGGACAAAGUGCCCGAGUUCCCCACAGAACCAGUGUGAUGGAUUGAGCUGUGUAUGAAUACUGUCCUGGUGUAUAUCUUUCUUCACCUGUGCUGUUAUUGCACUUGGCAGUGCUUAAGUCUAGAAUAGGGUAGUAUAGGUCUGCUUCAAAGAAUUGCUGUAAAGAAGUGGUGUAGUUGUGAAAUGGUAUGAAAUUUUAUUUUACUUUUGAAUGUGAUCAUCCACAAGCCCUGUGCUUCUUCUAGGACAAAAUGUUAGCGUUUUUAUCUACAGUCCCCUCUGAAACUAUUGAAAUGGCAAGGCCUAUUCGUUUGUUUGUGCUACACAAAGACAUUUUGGUUUGUGAUCAAAAGAUUGAUAUGAGACGAGAGUUGAGGAUUAAUUUUUUAUUUCCUGGUAUUUACAUCUAAAUGUGUUUAAACAACAUAAAACAUAAAACCUUUUGCAUCAGACCACCCAAUUUUUAGGUGAGAAAAAGUAUAGCCACAGAUUAGUCUUGAAAUAAAUUACAUAAAGUAAAUAACACUUAAUUUUUGGUUGCAUAUCCAUUUAUAAUAAUAAUAAAUAAUAAUAAUAAUAAUAAAUAAUAAUAAUAAUAAUAAUAAUAAUAAAGUCUGUGACUCACUGACAUCACCAAGUUGUUGGUUUUUUCUUUUGUGAUGCUUUCCAGGCUUUAACUGCCACCUCUUUUAGUUGUUUUGGGCAUUUCUCUUUUUGGUCUGCUCUUCAGGAAGUGAAGUGCAUGCUUGAUUGGGUUAAGGUCUGGUGAUUGACUUGCUGAGUCUAUAACAUUCCACUUUUUUCCCCCUGACAAAGUCCUUUGUUCAGUUGGCAGUGUGCUUUGGAUCAUUAUCUAUAAUCGAGAGGAACUUUAAUUUGCAUGCAGUUCUCUGUAAAUUGGCAGUCAAAAUGUUCCUGUAAACUUCUGAAUUCAUUCUGCUGCUACCAUCAUGAGUUCAUCAUCCAUAAAUAUUAGUGAGCCUGUUCCAGAAGCAGCCAUGCAAGCCCAAGCCCAUGACACUACCUCCACCAUGUUUCACAAUGAGCUUGUAUGUUUUAGAUCAUGAGCAGAUUCUUUAUUUCUCCACACCUUGGCCUUUCCUUGACUUUGGUAGAAGAUAAUCUUGGUUCCAGAACUUUUGUGGCUGACCUCUGUUUCUUUGUGAAUUUCAUUCUGUUCUUCUGAUUCCUACUGCUGAUGAGUGGUUUGCAUCUUGCGGUAUGGACUCUAUAUUUUUGCUCUCAAUGUCUUCUUCCAACCAUGGCUUGUGAUGCCUUUACCCCUGCCCUGUGGUGGUUGCUGGUGAUGUCACUGACUGUUUUUGGGUUUUCAUCACAGCUCUCACGUUCAUGUUGUUUUCCUGUUGUUUUCCAUGGCAGACCCAUUUGUUCAGUACACCAGUGGUUUCAAACAUUUAAAAUUGUUGUAUUGGCUAUGCCCAAUGUUUGUGCAAUGUGUCUGAUUUGAUAUUCCCUCUGUUCUCAGCUUCAAAAUGACUUGCUUUUCUCCAAAAGACAGCAUUCUGAUCAUGUUGGCUUAUCCUUUUUAACAACAAAUGCAGUCUUCACAGGUAAAACUGAAGGUUAAAACCAAGAGUAGAUAGAUGUUCAGUGCUAUUUAUUGUUUAAACAAGCAAACAGGGUACAAAAGAAACGCCUGUUCCAAUAUUUUUGCUCACCUACAAAUUGGGUGGUCUGAUAAGUCAUAGCACAUUUUGUAUGUCGUUUAACACAUCUACAUAUCUAUAUACCGUUAAAUAAAUGCUGAAAUUCUAAACACUCUUCUCAUAUUCAUCUUUUGAUUGCAAACCCAAAUAUAAUUUGUGUAUAGCACAAAAAAUGUGAAUUGACCUUUCAUUUCCAACAGUUUCAGAGGGAACUAAAUGGGUUUAUUUGGAUGUAUGUUCUUUGAUAUUGUGUUGCUGAUUUCAUACUGAUUUGUGAUCGUCAUUAUAUUAUCAAAAAGAGCUCCGUCAUCUCAUCUGUACUCAAACUCGGAUUAUGGAUGUCUACCUGUCUGUCAUUAUUAUUAUUCAUUGUUUGAACAAUGAGCUUGAACAAAUAUGUUAAUUUGCUAUUAGCAUGGUGUCUUUCACAUAAUGCUAAUUGGUGGCAUUAGUAUUUUGGACAAUUGUUCAUUAACUGGAAAAGGGGCAGCAUGGGUAUACAUUAACAGACCAUUAUGUGUGUUAUUAAUGUGCCAGUGUGUGGUAGGGGGGCUUAUGUGACCGCCUUUAUUUCAGAAACAUUUUCACAAUGUUUUGGGUCUUGUAUGUAAUAAUAAAUGUGGUGUUUUCCUA